UUGAGUCAGACACAUCAGUGACUGAGCUGUGGACAGACACCGAGACAGGCAGUGGAGAUCAGCUCACAGGCUUUGGAUGAAGAUUAUCACCACAUAACUGCAUUUAAUCAGCCAAAAACUUCAAUUUAUGGCUGAAGAGGUCAGAGGGGAUUUCAAGACCACACAUGAGAAGAGGGAGCUUUCAAAAUGGGAACUGAGUUUUUUCACCAAGUAAAGGAAUAUUAUUUUUCAGUGUCUGGGACUAAACUGAUCUAAAGGAAAUAUCACCCUGACUAUUUUCCUUCUAAAGCUUUUUUCUCAUUUUAAACAAAACAAAACAAAAAACAUUACAUUAUGGACCUUUCAGGUUCUUUGCCACCACCCUCUCCCUACACCUUCCCUUUUAUUUCCAAUUUCUCUGUGCCUUCCUCCUCUCCUUCCACCUCUCCAUCACCCAGUUUUGCAUCCACAGUUGUCUUCUGCUCCUUCCUCUCUCUCCUCUCCUUGCUGGGCAUCACAGGAAACCUCUACACUUUGGUCCUCCUUUUGAGGCGCAGGAGAAGAAGCAGGAGAAGAUGUGGAGCAUUACCAGCCUGCUGCCUGACAAGACUACCUAUGCCAUCAUGCCUUGCCAACUCUAGUUCUCCUACCUCCUCUACCUCCUCCUCCUCCUCUCUUCACCUCCAGGUGCUGAGUCUUGCUCUAGCUGACCUGUUGUAUCUUUUCACCGCACCUUUCAUCGUGUAUGACAGCCUGGCAUCUGGCUGGGCCUUUGGCGAGCUUGGAUGCCGCCUCCUGCUGAGCCUGGAUCUCCUCACCAUGCACGCCUCCAUCUUUACUCUCACCGCCAUGAGUUUGGACCGUUACAGAGCUGUGGCUGACCCACUACACACUUCAUCCUCCAACUCCUCCAAGCUGCUGCGUGUAGGCCUCGCCUGGGGGCUAGCGGUGGCUCUCAGCCUGCCCAUGAUGAUCACACUGCACCUGGAAGAUGGGGAUGACCAGGAGGGCCAGCUGUGCGUCCCAGCAUGGGAUGAGGAGAGCUCCAAAGCCUAUCUGAGUGUGCUUUUCUGCACUAGCAUUCUCGGUCCCGGGCUGGCCAUUGGAGCACUUUAUGCAACACUGGGUCGCCUUUACUGGGUGUCACAGACACGACCAGCCUGGGCCACUGACAACAACAAUGCUUGUCCUCCUCGUGCUCCCAAACCCAAAGUCCUACUCCUCAUCCUGGGGAUUGUCCUGGCCUUUUGGGCCUGCUUUCUUCCCUUCUGGAUCUGGCAGCUGCUGCCUCUCUACAAGCCUGACAUACUGCGGACAGUCCCAGUGGGCACACAGGUGACAGUGAAUCGUAUCCUCACAGGUCUGACUUACGGAAACUCUUGUGUGAAUCCAUUCUUUUACACACUGUUGACUGGAAAACGAAAAAGCAACCGACAGCUGCUGACAUCAGCAAAUCAGAUGUGCCGCAAAAGCAGCUCUCUGGAGUAGUGUCUGUUCCACUAUAAUAAUAGACCAUAAUGUGAGUGUGUGCAUGUAUAUGUGCACAUACAGGUACUGUAUAUGGAUGCUUUAUAAUAGACACCAAAGAUCAUUCACUUCAUCUUAGCCUGCAAACUAGGGAAAUAGAAUAACAUUAACCAAAUGAUAGCACUUUGCAAAAAUCCUUUGUAAAAAGGAUAAUGUUUCCUAGUUUUGAGUUUUACUGUUCAAAAUGACAAUCUCUUUAAGAUGUGUCACCUAAAGUUGUAACUGCAAAAUAUUCCACUGUCACUUUGAUAAUAAAAUAUUAUUAUCAUAAUUUAAUUUGGUUUUUAAAAUGUUGUUUUAACUUUGGAAAAUGUAUGCAGUGUCACUUAUGAUACUACAGCAACAUGUGUACAUGCAUCAUCUUGUUUAACCCCAGAACAAAACCGUCAGCUUUAUUUAGUAAACAGAGCGCAGUAAUCAUUAGGAGACCGGGGUUUAUACCACAUGCUGAAUAUGCACAAGCAUUUCCAGUAAAGCCCUGAAGCACUUCUCCUUAUUUUCAGAUCAAAGGAAACGCUUAGGUUGAACAAUAGGUUGUGUCUGCGCGGGACCUCGCUGGGACAUUUUUCUGAGUUAUUGUUUGUGGACAUACUGAAUUAUGUAUUAGUGGGUCAGAAGUCUUUUGUUUUUUCCCCAAUCUCUGACAUUUCUUUUCUUCUUCUUUUUUUAAAGAAAAAUUUAAAAAAAAAAAAUCUUGACCUGCAUGUUGGGUUUGAAAAUGUGCUUAUUAUGAACCGUGUGAUGCUUUGCAUGCUCUCUACUGGUGUUGACUAUAACUGAUGUUUAUAUAGGGUAUAAUAUAUAGUCUUGAAUAAAGAGUACA